UCUGUCCUCAAAGCCGGCUUUCGCGGUUUUUCCCGCACUAUCAGAACUCUCCCAUCCGACCUUUAAGUACCGUACAUGUACUUGUACAGUACUCGAACACUAAAACCGUAGGCAAAUACUCACUCAUCCAGUGCAAUCACCAUCACUGCUACAAGCAUAUUAUAACUUGCAUGAAGAUCUGCUCUCAUUAGCUUACAAAAUUUCUCCCGUUCCUCUUCCCCUCUCCUCUCCGCCCCUCCCACCGUUAUCUUAUCUCCAUCCUGCCGCCCGAAUACGAGAGGGAUACGGGAGCCACUUUGUCGUGUUUGCUUCCCAACAGGAAGGCAAUAAAACCCAAAUUAAUUGUAACAGGCCCCUCCUCUCCCGAAGGGCGAACAUCUUGAGCCGCGUCACCGGCUACGCCAGCGCCAACGUAACCUGCCGCGCCACCAAUACUCUCCCUCCCUCUCGCCUUUCCCUGCGGUUGGCUUACCGUAUUCCCCUGCCUGGAACGUGGUCCACUGUCAUCAACCUUGUCUUCUGUUUUUCCACCCCAAACAAUCUCUCUAUGGUUCUCAAGAAGCAGAAAAUUUCCAGUUUCACCCUUUCCACUCGUCCACCCUAUCCUGUUCUCGAAGAGAAUAAUCCUUCCCAAGUCAAUCCUAGUGAACCCGAUUCUUGUUCUCUAUUACGACCUCCGGCCUCUGAUUCGCAAGAUCUCGAACAGGUCUGGAGGAUGCCAUGCGAAGAAUCCACCGGUCCGGUUAUCCCUGAGCCGGAAUCACUCAAGGUCGGAGCAAGCAGCGGUGAACAGGGGAGGCGACUCAGCUUAGAGAUGCGGGAGAGCUUUGAAAACAGCAAUGUUCCUGAUACUUUACGACCUGGAGCGAGUAUCACGGACGAAGCUGUAAGGAGAAGCUCCGAGGCCGAGAGGAAGGACGAAUCAUUUAUCCACGGGGCUCCCAGCGGGAGAGGGAAUACUCAUGAAAGUUUUGCCAAUUCAGUUACUGUUGAUCAGGAGAGAGAGUUGAGGAGGAAAAGGUCAGAGGUUCUCGAGGGGAAGGAGGUCGCCGGAGAACAAACACCAAAAUCUGACGCUUGUAAGAUCCUCCUGUUCCCGUUUCUAACUACUCGGUGUUUCUUCCACUUUUUACGUCAAUCCACUUUGCGUUGCCCGGUUGGAAAUUUCUGAGUGCGUUGCACCAAAGGAGCACGGGCUAAUACUCUUCCUCCCCUGCAGCCUCCCCGGCCCCGCAAAUGUCAGCUACACUCCCCUCAGCCGAUAGGCCAUUCGCUAGAUUUGGCCCGCUUGACUGCCCCCUAGAUUCGCCGUUUUCAGAUGCCUCUCCAGACCCGCUGAUCCCUUCGCAACAAGUACCUAAGCGACCAACAAUAAUUACCACCAUAUCUUCGAGCUCCGAAAAUCCACAGAGGCAUCCCUCGGUUGCUGAAUCUACUACUUCUUUCCAUCCUGGAACAGAUUUAUCUUCUUUUGAUGCGUCAAUUGCCUGUGCUUAUCCUUGUCAGCGAGGCCAGUCGACUCUCGAUAUGGGUGGUUGGACCGAGAAUAUUGUGGAAGUACCUGUGACCAAAACCUGGGAGGAGGAAUUGGAACAGAGGGCUAAGGCUGGUGCCGAGCUACAGCGGCGGACUGAGGAGACCGCAAAACGUGAGAGAGAGGAGCGCUUGCAGGCUGAAUUCUGGGAGGAGGAAAGAAGGGAACAAGAGAAGGUGCUUGGUGUGCGUUCCGAAAUUACGGGGCCACCUAAACCGCCCAAGUCACCAAAAUCGGCUUCUAUUGAGAAGCCCGCAGAGACUACUCCGAGGCCGGAUUCGAGUUCUAAUACCAGGCCAGUCCCGCCACCCCCUACGACCUUGAGAGUCUCGCCUCCUCAACCUUCGGCAGAUACCACAACCGCUAUAUACCAGAUCAAACACAUAAACUGGAUUGACCCUUCUCGACCCGGGUCGGCCCUCCGGCGUUCCCCCAUAUUACUACAAAAUGCGAACGGACCAUGUCCUUUACUUGCCCUGGUUAAUGCCCUAGUGCUUUCUACUCCCGAGGGAGUUAAGACAUCACUUGUUGAAGUUCUUCGACUUCGUGAGCAAGUUUCGCUUGAGCUACUCCUUGAUGCUGUAUUCGAGGAGCUUAUGUCCAGGGGCUCUGGUGGCUUGCCGGAUGUUGGUGACUUAUUCGCUUUUUUACUAACUUUGCAUACUGGCAUGAACGUUAACCCUCGCUUUUUGCCAUUGGAUGAUGAGCGCCGAGCUUCGGGUCCAUCGGGCGGAUUUGAGAAUACAAGGGAGAUGGCACUUUAUGGAGCGUUUAAAGUACCUCUCGUGCACGGAUGGCUGCCUGAACCGACAGACCUUGUCCUCGACGCAAUGCGACGGCGUGGUGCUGGGAGUUAUGAAGAGGCACAGACAUUGCUCUUGAUCGAAGAGGAGAUCAUCACAAAAGUUACCUCUGGGACCCAGUCCGAAUUAACAAGCGAGGAGGAAAGAAUUUGUGGUGAUGCUCAGAUCAUUAGGGAGUUCAUGGAAAAGAGCAAGACGCAGUUGACCGCUCAUGGCCUGGACGUAUUGAGGGGUGAUUUGAAGGCGGGACAUGUUGCCAUUCUAUUUAGAAAUGACCAUUUCAUGACUAUUCUCGGUGGGGGACGAAUUGGAGGUGAUCUGGUUGGGCUAGUUACAGAUAUGGGGUUCGCGGGUCACGAAGAGGUGGUUUUCGAGAGGUUGGCAGAUGUUCAGGGACGCCAAAAUGAGUUCCUGAGCGGGGACUUCAGACCUGUCGGCGGCGGUAGUUCCGAUCCAGGUAACAGCUGCAGUAGUUCCAGACGUCAAGCGGCACCGCGACAGGAGAUUAGAAGUUUACUCGACGACGAUGAGGGAUGGCAGACCGUUGGGUCCAGGAGAAGUCAAAACAACAGUCAAAGCAUAGCCGCCACUAUUGAGCGAGUACCACCUCCACCACCGCCUGGACCUAGUUCCUCGGGUAACCAACAAGACUACGAUUAUGACACUGAUCUAGCUCUUGCAAUGCAAUUGCAAGAAGAGGAGGAUGAGAUGCACAGACGUCAUCAGCGCCGUACCAGGAACUCUACUCCUGCUAUUCCUGCCGUGUCAUCCUCACAUCCUGCUGUACCUCAACGAAUGUCCACACCAAUUCCUCCUCCACGGCCCCAGCCAGCCCCCUUCCAAACACACAGACCAGUAUCAGGUUCGGAAGAAGCACCACCCCCAUAUGAAUAUACCCCGAGUACACCCGCCGCUGCAGCAAUUCCCACACCCCAACUCUCCCCUUAUCAACAGCAAACCCGGAACUCCGGUAUUUCCGCCUCUCCUGCAGUCGGCUCAAACCCCGUCUCUGUCGCUCGACGCGGCGAGCAAGCACGCGGAAUGCUACAAGAGAUCAGCGGCCGUAGCGGAGGUCUACCACCUGCCCGUAGGAGCAGUGUAGGCGCUACAGCCACCGCGAGCGAGUCCUCGGGGAGGCGUGAAUGCAUUAUUUGCUAGAUGAGAUAAGAUUUCUGGAUUUAUCCAUCUUCAUGUUCGCACAAUUUCCCGAGAGGGGGCCCGCUACAUCGACACUUGGGACAGGAUAGGACAGAGGGGGGCAUGUAGUGGCGAAGCACUCCUCUUGACACCGAUAUAUUUUGCUGUGGGUGGUCUGGUGUGAGUUUUGUUUUUGCAAUGUUUGGGUUUCAGGUUUUCAGUGCGACCUUUUUUUCUUUUGCUUUUCGCUGUGAAGUGAAAUGGAGCCAAUGUAGUUGCUUGUGUGACUGAGGAGUCAUUUAUGGGAUGUAUACAUAUACACAGUAGACUACGGUAUGUAUAGUAGCUAAACCUCGCAGAAUCUUCCUAGGAGUUACGAUCACCUGUUUUCGCUGUCUUUACCAUUUGUGACCUGAAAUAAUUAGCUAUUAUAGUUACAAUU